UUCUUGGACCACAAGCACAAGUUCAACCCUCUCUCUAUUUAAGUCGCCACCACCAUUUGAAUUAUGGCCACCUUCUUUGCAAACGAAAGUGACAAAACUACCGCAUAAGAACAGCAAACAGGAGCUGUUGUGUCUACGCACGCACACAAGCCUUCUCCAAUGGCCAUCCAAUCUUCUUCCGCCCCUCUAUAUGAAAAGAUAAGCCUAAAAAAACGUUUGAAGAGGGCCGUCGAGAUCCUCAUCUUGUUCCUUCUCGUCUCUCUUCUCGCGUAUCGGCUUUUGCACAUCAAGGACCACGGACUUGAAUGGCAGAUCGCUCUUCUGUGCGAGUCGUGGUUCACGUUCGUGUGGGUUCUCGUCAUCAGCACCAAAUGGAGCCCCGUGAGCUACAAAACUUACCCUGAACGUAUCUUGCAAAGGGUAACAGAGCUUCCUCCGGUGGACGUCUUUGUCACGACAGCAGAUCCGCAGCUAGAGCCACCCAUCAUCACCGUGAACACGGUCCUCUCUUUAAUGGCAUUAGACUAUCCGGCUCAUAAGCUAGCGUGCUAUGUCUCCGAUGAUGGCUGCUCGCCAUUGACCUUCUACUCUCUAAUGGAAGCUGCCAAGUUCGCAAAGCUCUGGGUUCCGUUUUGUAAGAAGUACAACAUUCAAUUGCGAGCACCAUUCCGUUACUUCGCUGGCAACGCGAAGACAUUGUCCAGUGAAGAGUGCUCAUUGGAAUUCCAACAAGCAUGGCACACCAUGAAGGAUGAGUACGAGAAGCUGAGCAGGAAGAUAGAAGAUGCGUCCCAAGGCUCAGUCUUAUUUGAUUUUACCGGGGAGUUUGCAGCUUUCUCUAACGCAGAACGUAGUAAUCAUUCCAGUAUUAUUAAGAUCUUACUGGAAAACAAAGAACGUCAUCCAGAUGAAUUGCCGGAUCUGAUCUACAUAUCACGAGAAAAGCGGCCAAAGCACCCACAUCAUUACAAAGCAGGAGCCAUGAAUGUCUUGACUAGAGUUUCAGGACUCAUGACGAAUGCACCAUUCAUGCUAAAUGUCGAUUGCGACAUGUACGCCCACAAUCCACAAAUUGUUCUUCAUGCUUUGUGUCUCCUUCUUGGUACAAAACAUGAGAAAGACUGCGCAUUUGUUCAAUGUCCACAGAUCUUCUAUGAUGGACUAAAGGAUGAUCCGUUUGGAAAUCAAAUGGUGGUCUUAUUCGAAUAUUUGGGACGAGGGAUAGUGGGAAUUCAAGGACCUUUCUAUGCGGGAACAGGAUGCUUUCAUCGUAGAAAAGUAAUCUAUGGAUCAUGGCCAGAUGACAUGAAGACUAAAGAUAGAGGUCUUACCUCUAAUGGAGAAUUAACCGAGGAAAAAUCACUAAAUGGAUUUGGAGGUUCAAAACAGUUCAUCAAUUCUGCUACUCAUGCUCUACACGGCAAUUUAGAUCAUCCGAAAGAUCUUUCGAGCUCUCUUGAAGCAGCUGGUCAAGUCGCUAGUUGCGCCUAUGAAUACAAUACUGACUGGGGUAAAAAGAUCGGUUGGAUGUAUGGAUCGACGACAGAAGAUAUCCUUACAGGAUUGGCCAUUCAUACCAAGGGUUGGAGAUCACUCUACUGUUCACCAAAUCCACCUGCUUUUCUAGGCUGCGCACCAUCUGGUGGACCUGCCUCGAUGACCCAGCAAAAGAGAUGGGCCACAGGCUUGCUCGAAGUUCUAGUAAGCAAAAAGAGUCCAAUAUAUGGCACGCUAUUCGGGCAUCUCCAUUUCAGGCAAUGUUUGGCAUACUUGUGGCUCCUAAUUCGGGCACUCAGAUCCAUACCUGAGUUCUUAUAUGCUCUCCUACCAGCUUAUUGUAUCAUGACCAACUCUCACUUUUUGCCCAAGGGACAAGAACCAGCUAUCCUAAUUCCAGCUACCAUUUUUGUCAUCUACAACCUAUAUUGUUUAUACGAGUACUUCAUUACUGAGUUGUCAAUACGUGAAUGGUGGAAUAACCAUAGAAUGCAGUGGAUAACAUCUGCAUGUGCGUGGUCAUUUGGACUCUUAAGUGUAGUACUCAAGCUCCUAGGGCUAUCGGAGACGGUAUUUGAAGUAACCAAGAAAGAACAGUCUGCAUCUAGUGAUGGUACCAGUGCCGAACUUGGGAGGUUUACCUUUGAUGAGUCCCCAGUUUUUAUACCGGGCACUGCUCUCCUGCUGGUUCACUUGACAGCAAUACUUACAAUGUUGCCAGGGUUGCGCCCACAAGCAUCCAAAAACAACGGCUUUGGCUUAGGAGAGGUGGCAUGCACUGUGUGGGUGGUGUUGUGUUUUUGGCCAUUUUUUAGGGGGAUAUUUGGGAAAGGAAAAUAUGGGAUCCCCGUGACUACUAUAAUGAAGGGAUCUAUCCUGACAACUAUUGUCGUUUACUCAUGUAGAUUUACAUCCAUAAGUUGAUAAUGGAUGCAUGCUAUUGAAUUUUAUAUCUGCAAUAUCAAAAGCAUGGCUGUACAAUGCCUUUGCUUCAUAAUAGGAGAUAAGAUUGUCUCGUUUUUUUUUUA